AUGGACACAAUUCCAGAACGUGUAAAGCACCAGUCAAAAAAAUCCAAAAUUGGAAAAGGCAAACUUAAAACGAAGACUCAUGAAGUAUCAGGGAGCAACUCACAUCCAGCAGGUGGUAAUGGCAGUGGAAGUUCUUCACUACCUAUUGGUGGCAGUGACAAAGUUUCUGGAGGAAAAGAUAUUAGAAUAGGAGGUGGGAGUUGCUCACAACCAGUAGUUGGCAGUGGCAGUGUUACAAGUGAGUGUGUUCAUGGAAGUUGCUCACAAUCUGGAGGAAAAAAUGUUCAGCGUAUGAAAAUUGUAUUAGAG